CUGUAAACUUCAGUCAUUUCAUAAUCGCCGGCCUGAACCACCGCCAACGGCCGCCCUCUGUAAUAGCGUCCAGAUCAAGAGAUGGCAGCUGACGAUCCAGUGAAUUCUGCUUCUCCUUCAUCGUCUUCGGCAAUAUCAACUUCAUUGGUCACAUGGAAAGAGCGGAUUUUUAUCCCCACGUUACUCGCAGGAGUUGCUGGUGCCGCCUUUGGAUUGGUAUCGAAGCAUAGAAAAGUGCACGGGAUUUCACAAAUAUCAGCAACUUAUGCAUCUAAUUUUGCCAUCGUCACCGGUUGCUAUUGCGGUGCUCGUGAGUUUGUUAGGGUGAGCCGAACCGGAAAGCCAGAUGACUUGUUGAACUCAGUCAUUGGAGGCUUUGGCAGUGGAGCUAUUCUCGGGCGCCUACAAGGUGGUCAAAUUGGUGCAGUUCGUUAUUCAGUUAUGUUUGCUGCUGUUGGGACAGCUGUGGACUACGCAACCCUGAAGGCAAAGCCCGCCCUUAGAAAAUUAAUCGAGGAAAAAGAGAGCUGGUUCAAAUUGCCUGAAUGGUCACCUAUUCAGGUACUCGAUGAAGAAGCAGUUGCUGCAAAACGUGCCCGAGAACAACAAAUCUUCAGAAACGUCCACAAUCUGAACAAAGAAGAAUCUUGAUCGUCUGUUUGAGAUUGUUCUUUCCUCUUUUUCUUGCCCUCUUUAUUCUCUUUUUUGUUUUCCUCUUUUCCGAAAUUAGAAUAAUGGAUAUAAGGAAGAAUAUCGAAAGCUCCUUUCUUGGAAGACUACGGAAGUCCUCAUGGCCAGGGAAAGCAUGCCAUGAAGGGAAAGCAAGUUUGUAUGUUGUGCAAGUGUCUUGUAUGGUGAAAGGUUGUGUGAAUAUGAGAAUGCACAAAUAUUACUCUUGGUUGUUUACUUUGUAUGAGACGGGGAAUGCUGAAAAUUUUAGGAUUGAAUAUUUUAAGCAAAUAUGUAUUUCAAAUGAUAUAUCAGUCCAAUAUUAUAUAUAAGGGUUUGCCUUAUAAGGAUUGAAUAUAUAAGAAAAUCAUCCGAUGGCU